UGACCUCCGAUCCACGAACCCCACCAAGGCGACGUCUCCCCGACCCAGCACGGAAGGCCAAUUCGAAACACCACCUUCCUUACCCAGCACACCACGGCACGGCAACAGCAAACCCUCGUCAUUUCCCCUUCCGAGAAAGUCUCCUUCCCCACGAUAGCCUCGUCGUGAACAAAAACGCACACCCAUACCCAUCCCCAACUCCACAAUCAUGGCAGGGGAUCACGAGGAGCACGAGGGCGCCUCCGUCCAGGAGCUCCUCAUCGAGGCUGCGCGCCGCGACAAUACUGAACUCUUUAACGAGGUCAUUGCCGGCAUCAAGAACGAGGAUGAGCUAUCCCGCAUCCUCAACGAGACCACCACCGUUAUGGGAAACCACCUCUACCACGAAGCUGCCUCCCGAGGAAACUACGACAUAAUCGACCUCCUCCUCGACCAACCAAACUUUGAAUGCGACCCCAUCAACCGCCAAGAAGGCGACACACCCCUCCACAGCGCCAUCCGCUGGAUCAACAACGAAUCCCAAGCCAACCGCGAGUUCGGCAACGCCCUCGUCGACAUGAUGCUCGAAGCUGGCUCCAGCCCACGCAUCAAGAACAAGGGCGGCCUCACCCCCCUCCAGCUCGUCGACCCCCGCAACCCGGCCCUCCGCGAACUGAUUCAGAAGCACGAGUACGCCUCGCUCAACGCGGGCGACUUUAUCAACGUGGACGCUUCCUCUGCGGGCAAGAAGAGCAAGGGCGGUGCGCCGGCGUCGGCGCCCCCUGGUGCGCCUCCUGCGAUUCCUAAUUCUGCUGCGCCGCCUGUGCCUGGCGGGUACGCUCACGACGAGGAGAGUGACGAUGAUGCCGAGUUUAGUGGUAGUGAUGACGAGGAGAGGGCCGAGUGGGAUCGGAGACGGAAGGAGCGUGCCGCGCGCAAGGGUUGAGUCUUAGGGUUGUAGGGGCGUUUCGAUCACCUUCAAGUGAGAGAGGGAGAAGGGAGGACUUUGCAGAUUUCGAGCACAACUUGGUUGCACUUUUUUUUUUUUCGCCGGUACAUCUGUUCCUUGUCAGCCCCUCGCCUCUUAACAUCCUCCGCCCCUGAAACGGCGGGGGAUUGGAGGAGGCGAGGGUCAAGACACGUACAAAAACGACACGGCAGUACGGAGUAUAGAGGAAGACAAGAGGAAAGAGGUGAUGUA